AUGGAAAUAUCUGGGGAGGCACUGACCACUUGGGCCACUCUGGAUUUUUCCAGCGCUGCUGCCCGAGAUGACGCCAGCCCAAGGGCCCCUCCCCGCCUUGGGGAGCUAUGGGUGACCGAUCCUACCACCAACUCUCUGCGUCUGUCCUGGACAGUUCCCGAGGGCCAGUUUGACUCUUUUGCGGUCCAGUUCAAAGACAAAAGUGGGCCCCAGGUGGUGCCGGUAAAGGGCCAAGAUCGGACAGCCACCAUCACGGCCCUGGAUGCUGGCCGCAAGUACAGGUUCCUCCUCUAUGGGCUUCUGGGAAAAAGACGCUUUGGCCCCCUCACUGCAGAGGGUGCUACAGAGCCCAUGAACGCUGUGGACCGCACUGGAGAAAAGCACCCCACAAAACCUCGACUGGGAGAGGAACUGAGGGUGACUAGUGUGACCCAAAACUCUGUGGACCUCUCCUGGACAGUCUCCGAGGGCCAGUUUGACUCCUUUGUGGUCCAGUACAAGGACAGGGAUGGACAGUCCCAGGUGGUGCCCGUGGAUGGCAGCCAUAGAGAGGUUAGAGUCUCUGGUCUAGACCCAGACCGGAGGUACAAGCUGCUACUCUACGGCCUUCGAGACAGCAAACGCGUGGGUCCCCUCUCCGUCAUCGCUGUGACCGGUGAGUGUGACAGGCCACCUAACAGGUCCACUCCUUUGGGGGGGAGACUUUACUGAGGCAUAAUUUACAUAUAGUACCAAACGGGCUUUGUCAAGUGUGUAAGUCACAGAACAAUCACUCAGGGGGGCACAAAAUUCCCUUACCCCUGUAUCCAAGAUCGAUUAAGGGCCUGGCUACCUCAGUAGACCAAAGAAAUAGAUAAGUCAGAAAAAAGAGAUUUAUUCACUGUGGCCGUGUUGGGAAGAAGAGCAAAGAGUGAACCCCUCAAGCCUAUCUUUGAAGUCUUGGCAUGAGGU